AUGGCUCAUAGUCAUGGUCAUAGUAAAGAGAAGAAAAUAACUUAUACAGUUUUACCUUCACAUACUGUCCAACGUAGAAGCACUCUUCCUACCUCUGAGCACAGUUUUUCUACUCUUGCAAGGUCUUCAACUCUACCUCUAGAACCACUUUAUGAACCUGAUCUUCUGAGAAUUGGAAGUACUGUAAAGGGAUUUACAUCGUUAGAAAGAAUAGGCAAGGGGAACUUUGCUACUGUGCUUAAAUGCCGGAGAGAAAAGUCGUCGAAAGUAGUGGCAGUAAAAGUGCUUAAAGGAGAUGGAACAGAUACAACAAGAAGAAGGCAGUUAAAUGAGUGGGAUACAAUGCGAAGAAUUGGUGCAAAUAAAAACAUUAUAGGAUUUGAUACUCUAGCAUUCUUUGAAUAUGUAUGCAAUGGAUAUGUUUAUAGAUGCAUUGCAACAGAGUAUGCUGCAAAAGGCACUCUGAAAAAUUUUAUGAGUAUAUCAAAACUUUUGGAUAUUGCUAUAGUAAAGUCUAUCAUAAGGCAAGUACAAGGUCUGUUUAGACCAGAUAAUGUAUUAAUAAUGAGCUAUGAUCUGCUAGAGUUGAGAAUUGCAGAUUUUGGAUUAUCCAAGUGGAUAUCAAAGGGCUAUUCAGAGCAAUUAAUUGCCUCAGCUGGUGGCAAUGUUGGAUAUUUUCCUCCAGAGCGUGUAGAAAAUCCAGAAAAGCAGAUUAUAUGCCCUGGAUCGGAUACGUUUCCACUUGGUAUAAUACUUUGGGAGUUAUUCCAUGGAUGGCAAACAUUUCCCUGUGAUACCAGUCUGUAA